GUUCUACUACUGCUAAUUCUUUAUGCUUGUAGUUCUUACAAGGUUGAAAAUAUCUAAAUCUUCACGAACUGGGGAACGAUUGAAGACAUUGGGCACUGCACCAUUUUCUACUUCUGUAUGCUGUUGAGGGUUUGUGAAAUAAAGCUUUAAAUAUUAUUCUUUACUUGAUCUAAGAAAGGGAUAUACUGAUGGUUAAGGGGAUAAGACUUUUCCCUCUAUAAACUGAACAUUUUUCAAGUAUAUACUUUUAUAUGCUGCAGGUGAUUUUUAAACCAUUUUUAUUUAAUGCAUUCAUGAAUUUUGACCUAAAUGAAAUGAUUUUGUUUCUUGUGCACAAAAUUAUGCUGAGAAACAUGUUGAAGGCUAUAUAGAUUAUGCAAUUUUUAUAUAAAAACAUUUCCAAUUAACUCUUUUGUUAUUCUUUAUACGAAAAGCAUUGCUUGUAGUUUUGCUUUGUGAUGACUGAUGCCUCAUAAUGUUUAACAAGUUUGGUCGUCCUUGUUUUGUCUACCGUUCUACUUAUUACUUAUUAUUGUUGUUUGUUUUCUUAAGGAGAUUUCGUCCAUUAAUUAGAGAACAAGAAGGAGUUUUGUUGAGUAUAAAAUUUCAAGUCAAUCACAUAUUUUUUUUGUCUUAUUUAAGCUUCUAUCGCGUAGAUACAUUUUUUUUUUUUUUUGAGGCAUUUAGAAGAAAUCAACUGAUGUGGAUCUUGAAUUGAAAUGAACUUCCUUAAUUCUCGUGUGUAAGCACAAACAUCUCACAUGGAUGUGUUGGAAUUAAUUCUCUUUGUUGGUUCAAGCUAAGAUUCUUGAAGACUUAUACUAUGUAUUCUUUCUUGAGUGAUGACUGAGAAUAAUUCCAGAAUGGUAGCUUCUUUGCUUCUUAUUUCUCCUCCACCGAAACCACUUCUUUCUCUUUUGUUUUCUUUUUCUCCUUAGGUUGAUGGCAAUUAAUGAUGAAAGGGAUCGAUGCGAGAGUGAUACUGCUUGUAAUUUGCUAAGAAAGGCCAAGUUGGAAGACAAGCUCGAAAGAUCAAGAACACACAAAAAUUGUACUACGAGUUGGGUUUCUCAUUUCAUCUAUAAUAGCUGUCUGCCUCGAUGUUUUGUUCUUCUACAUCUACAACAUAGACGAUCAGAAAAAUUGCAUCGUCGUAGACAGAAAAAUAAAGAACGUGGCCCUUGGGGCCAGGUCGGUAACGGACUUCAUCCUUCUACUCGAAGUCGCCUACAAGGUCUGCCCAAGUUCAAUACUUGAGUUAUGUCCCAAUUCUAAAACGAAUGCGGCUACUCUGACUUUCUUCGGACGUCUUGCUGAUGUUAGCAAAAGGGUUCCAUGGAUGGAUGUCCUUGUCGACUUUUUGGCUUUGCUUCCCCUUCCACAGGUUCUUCUUCAAUAGUUUAUGUGAUUCUUAUACUCGUAACACUUUUGAUCUUCACUUCUAGUUAAUUUGUCUAGAACAUUCAGUUUUGUCAUUGACUCUUAAGAUUUAUAUAGAAGAGAUACAAUUCAAAUCUUAAGAUUUAUUAGAUAACAUGAAGUUCCAUCUCAUCGCUUGAUUUAGCACAAGGGGAGAAGUAUGCAUCUUUUUAAUAUUCUAAUUUCUAGCAUCUAUUGAUUUUGGAAUAUGGGGUUCUUGAGAGGAAUAUUCAUUUCUCGAUUCUUCUGUUCAAUAGACAUAAAAUUUAAAUCCGUUGAGUCUUCAUGACAACCAUAUCGCGGUAUGAGUCUCUCAACGAGAGAGUUUAUCAUUAAUAGAUUUUAUUAUAUUUGCAUUUUUAGAAAUGUUGUUAUAUGCUUAAUUAUUAUAUUUCAUGCAAUUUCCAAACAUAAAUAAAAAUAAAGGCAUGGGCUAAAAUAGAAGGUUUACAGCAAAAUAAACUUAAGUCAAGCCACACCUAACUAAUUUUCAACAAAAAUGAUGUAAAUGAUCACAAAAAGUACCUUCAAACUUCAAUUCUUAACAUUGACAACAGGAAAUGUGCAGAUUAUCCUUGGGGGAGUCUUUACAAAUAGGAAAGGUAUCACAUAUUUCGAAAACAAGUGGCGAUUGAUCUUUCUGCCUCUCUUCCAAUUUGUCCCAAGAAUCAUUCGAAUCUUUGUGCUAUGUAAGAAGCUUUCCAGGAGUGUCGCUUCUAAUGACAUAACAGGAACUUGGCAGUUCAGAGGCAUAUUCAAUUUCGUCCUCUUCAUUUUUGCCAGUCACGUGGUCGGAGGAUUUUGGUACUGCUUCUCAAUUUUAACAGAAUUGAAUUGUUGGCGAAGUGCCUGCGAAUUUAACGGUGGAUGCAGGGUGAAUUCAUUUUCUUGUGAGGAUAUCACGGGCAAUGAACAGUUUGUUGAUAAGUAUUGCCUUAUCAAUCCGCCCAUAUUCGAUUUUGGUUUAUUUCUUAACGCCCAUCAAUCUGGUAUCACGAGGGUAAAUGAUUUUCCUGCAAAGUUAUUAUACUGCUUCUCUUGGGGACUACGUGCAUUAAGCUCAUUUGGGUCAAACCUGACUCCAAGUAGUCAUUCAUCUGAAAACAUCUUUGCGGCUCUCAUUACCAUUUUUGGGAUACUUCUAGUUGUUUAUCUUAUCGGCAACUUGCAGUCCUCAACUUUAAGAUCAGAGGAGAAACGGAGGACGAUGCAAAAGAAAGAUGUUGAAAUAGAUUUAUGGAUAGAUUAUUAUAACUUCCAGAAAAAGAAGGAAAUCAAGGAGUUUGUGAGAGACAAGUUUGAGUGGAAAAAUGAUGUCAAUUUGAAAACUCUACUCGAUGUGUUUCCGUCUCCAUUCAUUGAGGAGAUAAAGAAAGAACUUUGUUGGGAUAUCCUAAAAAGGGUUCCCAUGCUUAAAGAAUUUGAAGAGGAGAAGUUAAAAGAGAUGAUGAAGGAUAUGAAGCCAAUGGUUUUUGGAGAGCAGAGCUAUAUUAUUCGAGAGGGGGAGCCUGUUGAGCAGAUGCUAUUGUUCACAAAAGGUAUGGGAUUGACAUUUAGCAAGAGCACUGGAACUAGAACAACGAUGAACGCUUUUGGAAAAGGUGAUUUGUUUGGGGAGCAGCUACUAAAUUGGGCAGCGGGAAAUCUUCUUGUAUCUGAAAUUCCUUUGUCCAAAUGUACUCUCAAGGCACAUACCCAAAUGGAAGCCUUUGCUCUUAAGGCUAUCGAUCCACAAUAUCAUACCAAAUGGGACACAAAUACGUAUAGGUUAAGUUAAAGUUUAAUCUUCCUUGAACUUUAUGUUUGUGUUCCUAUUUUAUAAACUCGUUUUUUUUUCUUUCUCUUUUGUAAAGGCAUAAAUUCAUUUCAAUUGUUUGGAAAGAAAAUUUAAUAUAGAAUUAUAGAACUAUUUUCAUAAAUAUAUAUACUAUUUGAAAUGAGUUAUGGAGAGAAA